AUGAAGAAAUUCCAGAGCCUCGACACUUGGAAGGUGUUGAUCAGCAACCCGGCGUCAGCGAUCUCGCUCUGCAAGUAUACAGGCUCCGAGACAGAAUUAGGUCAUAGAGGUGGAACAGGAAGUUGGUCUUCCCCCUUAAACCAAAGUCACAACGCCAUCCAGAAAAUCGGCCAACUAGUCGCCCUCCCCUUCUGCGACCAUGGCAUGUGCAUCGCGGCGCGUGGCAUAAUCGGCCUCGGCCUCGACGUCGUACCUGGCGUUCUUCGCGACGCCGGGGAACCGCCGGUGACGGCUCAGGACACCCAGACCCUCAUCAACAGGCUGCUAACGCCGUGGACGCUGGUGCAGGGGAUGGCGUUCUCGCUCAUGGUCAACGGCUUCGGACGACGGACGCUGUUCCUCGCGUCGACGGCGGGCUGCCGGGCCACUUAUGUCAUUUGGACCGCCCUCGAAGCGACAUACGAGCGCUCGACCGACCUUGGUACCGACGGGACGGAAGGACCGAGUGGAAUUGCUAAGGAUGUUGUGGCAAUGAAUUUCCUAUACCAACUGGUGUCCGCGCUGGGAUGGGGCAAACUUCAAAUAACGUAUGUCGUCGAGAUCCUGCCGUUCAACUUGCGCGCUAGGUUAGGGGAUUGGUGCUUAUGCCAGCCCCCGUCGGCGUUACGAACUCGGGGUGGAAGCUCUACAUCACAGACAUGUGGCUUGCGGUCGAGCUGCUUUGUCGUCUAUUUUCUGUUUGUUGAGGCUGGCAAGUUGAGCGUGGAAGAGACCGCGGCUGUUUUGGACGGCGGGGAGAUGGAAAACAAGAUGACCGAGGAAACCAUACGGGAUAGGGAGAAGACUCUCGAUGUAGCUCGAGUCUUGACACAAGAAGAGCCACGGGAACCAGAACCAGACGUGAAAGGCCCUGCCGAGAGGAAGUGGUAG